CACUAGCAACGAGGCCGCCGGACUCGCGGGGCCGUAAACUCCACGUAGAGCGCUCACUUCGUACCGCGCAGCCACGACAGUACUCGUGCGAUAGCCUCAGAAGCUGUCAGCAACUUUCAGCGCGCGCCGAGCCGUAGAAAUAGAAAUAGACUCAGCCGCCGCGCCAGCCGCCGCGCGCCGCAAAAACAAACAUGGCCGCCCUCGCCAUCGACCGCAUGUUAGAUGCGGGCGCCCGGCCGAAAGAAGACGACGCCACGAACGCCAAGGACAUUUUGGGCCUCAACGUCCAGCGCUUCGCGCUCGCCCCGACGCCCGACCCCGCGCAAUUUAGCAAAGACAACUUCGGCGUCGGCUACGGUACCGACAACCAUCAAAAAGUACAAUUUGCGAAGGGCACGACCACCUUAGCUUUUAAAUUCGACGGCGGCGUCAUCAUCUCCGUCGAUUCGAGAAGUACGAUGGGCCCCUACAUCGCGUCGCAGACGGUCAAAAAAGUGAUAGAAAUCAAUCCAUUUUUAUUAGGAACGAUGGCGGGAGGCGCGGCGGACUGCGCCUUCUGGGAGCGCAAUUUGGGGACGCAGUGCCGCAUGUUUGAGCUCCGGAACAAGCGUAGAGUGUCGGUGGCCGCCGCCAGUAAGAUGCUCGCGAACACGAUGUAUCAAUAUAGAGGGCGCGGAUUGUCCAUGGGCACGAUGGUCUGCGGCUGGGACGAGAGUGGGCCGCAGCUCUACUACGUGGACGACGACGGGACGCGACUUAAGGGCGACGCCUUUUGUGUGGGGUCCGGUUCGACGUACGCCUAUGGAGUGAUCGACUCCCAUUUGAGAGCUGAUUUAACCGUGGAGGAGGCCAUUGAUCUCGGGCGGAGAGCGAUCGCGGGAGCCGCCCAUAGAGAUGCUUACAGUGGUGGCUGGAACAACCUCUACCACAUGAAGGAGACGGGCUGGGAGUUCAUCGGCGCCGUCGACACGAACGACUUGUACUACGAGCACGUCCACCCGUCGCACAUCCCCGCGCCGCCGCCGAAGCCGACGCCGUCGAACGUGCCGCGCUAGGCUUGGUGCGUCGCCCCCUCCCGCGUAACUAUUAUCUAC